GUGUGCACACAGUGUGUGUUUCCGAACGCAGCCUAGAUCGAAUAUAUUCAGAAAAUCGAUUUAAAAUCGAUCUUUUAGGUUCCGAUUAAUCGAUCGUCGAUUAAAUCGAUUUAAAACCGGUAUUCUAACCUAACCUAGAUGUUCUCGCAAGUAGAAUUGUGACAAAGUGAAGCAAAGUUAAAAGUAUGAGUGGUGCGUGUCGAGUGACGUUUCAUUUUACUGCUCUGACCAGUGCAGCUCUGAGCGGAUGGUAUCUAGGCAAGUUCUUCGAACAGAGGCGAUGCUCGAACGAAAAAGACAAUGGAACGAUUGUGUCCUCGAACGCGCGAAUACGUAACAUGCCAGCUUUGCCCUUAUUCGGCACGGUUACAGCUGCCACCCCUUUGUCACCCGUCGAAAGCAACAUAUCCGAGAUGGGCUCCAAAAUAUCUUCCACAGCCGCGAGAAUAUCGCAGAUUAUGAAAUUUGGUUUUCCCGGAUUGGACCAUGUCAGAUCAUACGACGAUUUUGUAUUGUCGUACGAUAGACGGAACAGAGUCGCUCAUUGGGUAUUCGAACACUUGACUAAGGAAAGAUUGCGGUACAACGAUGUGGAACGUUCAAAAUGCGAAUUUAAGCCUGAUCAGAGUAUACACCCUUUCUUCAGAUCAGAGAAUACAGAUUACAAGGGAAGCGGAUACGAUCGUGGCCACCUGGCUGCUGCUGGAAAUCAUAAAGUUGAACAGAAACAUAUGGAACAAACCUUUUUCCUUUCUAAUAUGGCGCCGCAAGUUGGCGUGGGUUUUAAUCGAGAUUCUUGGAAUAGAUUAGAGAAACAUGUUAGAAAGUUGACCAACAUUUAUAAGGAUGUUUAUGUGUGCACGGGACCACUGUAUCUUCCAAAAAAAGAAGCAGAUGGAAAAAAGUAUGUGCGCUACGAAGUAAUAGGUGUAAAUAAUGUGGCAGUGCCCACGCACUUUUAUAAAGUGAUUGUUGGUGAAACACACGAAGGCAAGUUGGAGAUGGAAGCCUUUGUAAUGCCAAAUAUGCCAAUCGAUGAUAAUACGCCGCUCACUAAUUUCCAGGUGCCACCGGAAAGAAUCGAACGCGCUGCCGGACUUUUAUUUUUUGACAAAAUAUCGCGCGACAGAUUGAGCAAGGUGAACGGCAAAAGCGCAGGCUGGUUUUAACCCUGCAUUAAUUAGGUUAGACCUUUAGUCUUUUAUUAGCGACAAUGAAUAUAGUAAAAAACUGAAAACUCUCAUAAUUGCCUUUCGCCAACAAACAACAACAAACUGAAGACAGAGACUGAUACUCUGGUUCAACGCAUUGUCGAAGAACGAUAAUAAUACAUUAACUUCCAGAUAUAUUGCAAUGAGACGAUUUAUUCGUUCAUACGAUGACGGAAAAUAUUAUUCUGUUAAAGUGUGUAUGUGUGUAGAAAUGCGAUAAAAUAUGAAUAAAUUAGAGCAUUACAAGAGUAUACUUAAUUUUAUUAGGUGUGUUACUGGAGAGAAAGAAAUUUCAUCACGCUGUAUCACAUUUCAUCAAAGUGACAAAUACACACAGCCGUUUGUUAAAUUA